GCGGCUGAGAAGGGCGAGAGCAGCAGCUCGGGCCCGUUGGCAUCUCUUCAAGCGAGGAGCUAUUCACUUGGACGAGAUCGACCUGGAGCGCAUCAAGAAGCUGAUUGCAGCCCAUCAUUCAAAGGACGACGGCUUUCUUCGAGCCAUCAAUCUCGCAAUGGCGUCAAAAGCAGAGUCUUUCCCUUGGCGUUGUUGGUGCGGGCGACUGAACCGCAAGUCACACGAGUGGUGUCCCAAUUGCCGCAAGCAUUGGACUACAGGAGAGCGCCACUACACCAACGAGGAGGAGAACUUCCAGAACAAGGACAACUGGGAGCAGUACUAUCGUGGACAGAGCCGAGGGAGACAACGUGGGUCGACCCCCAGGGGGCGCAAACCAAGUGCCAGCCCACGUCAGAAGAAAGGCAAAGGGAAGAAAGGGAAAAAGGAUGCACAGACCUCACCCUUCGCCCCAUUUGCGACACCUUGGCCUGCUACAGAGACUACGUCCUCGACGGCAUCGAAGCCUACUCAGGUUCCGCUACCGCCCAACAAGGAGCAAUCGUCUUCAGGCAGCGUUCUCAAUGCGGGAGCCGAACUUCUUGGAGCAGUGCGGAAACACUACGCAGACUUAGCGGAUGCACCGCCCGAAAUCAAGGAGGCCGUGCAGAAAGCCGAAGCUCUCAACUCCAAGCAGAUUGCGACAGAGCUCACCAAGGCAUCCAAACGAGUUGGAGAAAUUGCCCAACAGUUGGCCGAGCUCAAAGAGAUGCAGGAACGACAUCGAGCUGCAUGGGUGAAGCACCUCAAGGAGGCCCUGCAAUCAUGGGAGAGCCAAGUGCAGGCCUAUGUCACCCAGCAGAAGACUUAUCACGAGCUCAUGACCAAAGCCCAGUCAGAGCUCGAAGCAGCCAGAAUCGAGACACAGAGGCUCAACUACCGAGCUGGCAAGGCGACCAAGGUAGAGGAGAGCAUAGAUCUUACCACACCAGAGGAUGUGCUGGGCAAGGACGAAGAAGCAGCAGUGCUGGUGGGACAAGUUCAAGAUCUACUAGAACGCUGUGCGAAAAUGACCAAACAGGAGAUCCAAGAAAACGACAAAGACGAGGAGGGGCAAACCAGCUGGUGGUGGCUCUACUGCGCCAGCUACAUCGUGAAGAUAGGCGACGGUUUGCAGUGUCCGCGGAACUACAUCCGUGCGCCUGAAAGAUUCGACCCUGGAGGAGGUGCUUAUGCUGAGGCCUAUGCCCUAUCUGAGGAGAAUUUCAUGGACACCUUCAACGCCCUGCACAAUGCAACGGCCUUGCACGGUGAGAAUAUCCUCUUUGAUGACCUCCGGUUGACUUCAUGCCUUUUGAGAGAAGGGAGAAAAAGCACUGCGAAGACGGUGCGUUUUGAUGCUCUCAAUGAGGCUGUUCCUGAUGAAGUUGAUGGGAGGAUCCCAACACUGCGAAAAGCCAAUUUCAAGUUUGACUUUGAUGAUGAGGUGACGAGUUUUAUGGCUACAGUCCACCAUCACCCUCAUGCACAGGACCCCAACAUCAUGAUGGACCAUGGUAUUGCACGCCAGGAUGAUGAUCCUGACCAACAACUACCAGAACCACAUGAUGACAACGAGGAACAUUCACCAUCGUUUGAAACUGAGAUGUCGUUUUCACCGGACUCCACUCAUCAUUAUCCACUUCCAUGGCAUUCCGUUGCGGUCUAUGACACCAGGACGAAUUCCGCAAGAGGUCGUGUACCUUUUCAUCCCUACGAAGCAUUCUUUGGACAUGUGAGAAGGCUGAUUGGCAUGAUGCACCAUGACGUUGCCCGCAUUGUCCAGAUAGCUCCAGCUCCAGAGGAUCUAUUGAGAAUUGCGGUUACGCCUUUGCUCACUCUACGCCACGAUGACUUUGAGGACGGUGACCAUCGAAAUGCAGUCAUGGUCGAUGUCGAGUACCAUGGGCCUUCGUUUGAUUCACCUGUGGUGACAGACCGCUUUGUGGCGAAAAUUCCGAGCCCUAUCCACAGGAAGCAAUUUCUGGAAUGGAUCAGAGUUGAUCGAUAUUGUGAGGGCAGCAGAAACCGCUGCCUUGUUUGGCAUCAAGGGCGUCUUGUUGCUUUGAGAUCACCCGCACCCAUGCAUCUGUCACAUGGGAACUACAUUCGGGUAGCGAUUCCCCCAUUUCAGUUCGAAGAGGUCCCAACAAGGCUUGCAGUACGAUGUGGCCAAGCUGGAUUGUCACCACGACAAACCAGGAAGAGGUACCAACAGAGAGGGGAGGAUACUGAUAGCCUGUAUUCCGAGAUUGAUGCAGCGCAACCCCAUGAGGCCGCCUCUCUUGUUCAGCUACAUGCUUCCAAGCCUAUGUUCGUCUCAUUCCGAAGUGAUGGUGACGCUGCAGUACCACGUUUCAAUUGCGUGGCGCCGGGGGCCUUCAGGGAGCGACCCGCUGACCACCCAGAAGCUCCAUUUGCCUCGUGGCACGCUGCGCUCUGGGAAGCCUUCAGUCAAUCCGCUUGCAUAGAACAAGAGGAGGAAGGUCCAGUUACAUACCUUGAAACCUGGUAUGUCCGUGGAUUAGCAGCAUACGUCACGGAACAGUCGCGAACAAUGAGGCUGACACAGGAGCAGCAAUGGUGGCAGGAAGAUAUCACGGAUCUAUGGAAUGACAGGAUUGACAGGACACUGCCUCUUCGUUUCCUCUGGGUUCAGCCGACUCCAGAAUCAACCGCUACCAGGGAUCGUAUUGGACAUCUCAUCCUUUGGCAAGAACCCAGGAUUGAUCUGGUGCCUGCUUUGAUCACGAUCGAGUUCCUGCACGAAACAACGCGAAGAAUAGCCUUUGCAGCUGCACUACUUCCUACGCCAGUGGCAACUGUUCAAGUCCGUGAUCUUCUUCGAUUGUCUAGGCUCUGCAUUGAUCGAAGGUGCACGUUGAGAUAUGCUGAUGAAGAAUGGGAUCCUUUCGAAGCUCGACCAGUUCGUCCUGGAAUGGGGCUCGUCUUCUCAGCACAUCCGCUUCCCAGAGAACUGCACAUUUUGGACGAACAUGUUGUGACUUCACCGUUAGUUCAACCUGCUGCUGAAGAAGGCCCGUUGGAAGAAGCGGUAGCACAGCCACCUAUUGCAGGUGAAUCUCCAUUUACACGUCGUCUUCAUGGAAUAUGGGAUGAAAGAGCAGUCAUUGGACCUGCCCACAUUGAGCGACUUCUGACGGUCCGAACGUGGUACCUUGAGGGACGCUAUAUCCCUUUUCAUGAUGAGUGCCGGAAUGUGGUCCUCGGCAACGACUUUUGGCUGUGGGAAGGUGCGAUCAUCCACCGGUGGAGAGACUAUGUCCUGGACGGAGUCGAGAUUGACUUUGUCAUUGUGAACCCUGCUCCACCUAGUGCGAAUGCGAUUGAAGAGGUGCACAUCAUCAUUUACCAGAACAUUGCAGCCUUCGAGCAUCCCAGCCUUGUCACCUCCAUGGACAACGGAGUGCUCCAGGGCGCCCCGUACACAGCAGCGGUAUUACUCCCCUCAGCGGUGACAAAAAUUGAUAUUCUCCGCUGUAUGGGUAAAGACAGAGUUUGCCCACCAGCACGUCCGGACACUGCUUGUAGCUGCUGGUAUGAUGACCAUGAGGUGCGAGACGGCGAGCGCUUUGCCAAUCGCCAUGGUUAUUAA